AUGGAUAGAAUCACAUCUGCCGCUGUAGUGGAAGAUGAGACGAAACAAGUUAUUGACAGUGUCCUGGAGAGCGCAAGGGAGAAGGUCGACAGUACCGUCUCCAGUUCAAGUCGUUUGGAGCAGUGGAAUGAACCUAGAAUUAAUGUCUAUCGAUACAUCGCAGCGCUCUACACUUUUGUCAUAAUGGGUAUGAAUGACUCUGCAUACGGGGCGCUGAUUCCAUAUCUUGAAAGAUACUACAAUCUUGAUUACACUAUUAUUUCGCUGGUAUUUCUCGCUCCAUUCAUUGGAUAUACAUUUGCCGCCAUCCUUAACAACGGAAUUCACAUGCGCUUUGGACAAUUCGGUGUCGCUGUUAUUGCACCGGUGUGCAAGACCAUUGCCUAUGUCGUUACCUGUGUCCAUCCCCCAUACGCUGUACUUCCUAUCAUUUUUAUGCUAGCUGGGUUUGGGAAUGGUCUUGAAGAUGGAGCAUGGAAUGCGUGGAUCGGGAAUAUGCAGAACGCGAAUGAGAGCCUGGGCUUCUUACACGGUGCGUACGGGCUGGGUGCAACUAUCAGUCCCUUGAUUGCAACAAGCAUGGUUACGAAGGGAAACCGGCCAUGGUAUAUCUUCUAUUACAUGAUGGUCGGACUGGCUGUCCUCGAGCUUCUCCUUUGCUCUCUUUCAUUCCGAGAGGCCACGGGAAAAGUCUACAGAGCCAAGGACCCAAUCAGCCACUCUGCAGAUGGCCAAUCUUCCACAAAAGAAGCGGUACUAAACCCUAUAACCUGGAUUUGUGCCAUUUUUCUUCUAGGUUACGUGGGUAUUGAAGUAUCUCUUGGCGGCUGGCUUGUCACUUUCAUGUUGAAAGUGAGACACGGGGAGCCAUUCGCCUCCGGCCUUGUUGCUACCGGCUUUUGGUUGGGUAUUACCUUUGGGCGUAUUGUUCUUGGUUUUGUCACGGGCAAAAUUGGAGACAAGACCGCAAUCGCCGCUUAUAUAGUCAUCGCUAUGGGUAUGGAGUUAUGCUUCUGGCUAAUCCCGAACUUCGUUGCUAGUGCCAUCUUUGCGGGGUGGUUGGGUUUCUUUCUAGGACCGAUGUUUCCGGCUGCCAUCGUGGUCGCGACGAAAUUACUGCCGUUGAGAUUGCAUGUAAGUGCCGUGGGUUUCGCAGCGGCUUUCGGGGGAGGAGGCGCGGCAGUUUUCCCAUUCGCCGUUGGGGCUAUUGCGCAGGUGAAGGGAGUACAGGUCCUCCAACCUAUCGCAUUGGCACUGCUGGCCAUGAUAUUGGCACUCUGGUGUCUGCUGCCCGGCGGGUUUAAGAAGAGAGGGCUGGAAGAGGCGCGGGUCCUCAUGGAGAGUAGAGAAGGCAGAACCGAGGAAGGGGGGGAUAAUACCGCAGGCAUCUUAUGGAUCGGCGGGAAGUUGAGGAGGAAAAUACUGGGCCUUGCGUAG